AUGAUUGACUUGCCCACUGGCGCCACCCUGGCCUCGCUGUUUUCAACGGUUCUCAGUCGUCGCACUCUGACAACGGCGACUAGUACACGGCAUUUAUUUUUUGUUGGCGUUCGUUUCAUAAAACCCGUCUGUAAGGAGCUUGUGACCACCCUGAAAGGCUUGACGAGCUACGUGCUCGUAUUCAAGUUGGUGCCACGAGGUGGGCCUUUCGGGCAGGCCAGGGAGGAUGAGAGGCUGUCCCUGAACCGCCUACUAGUACAAAAAGGUGUUGCCCUCGGCGUUACCAUCGUGAAUGUCGACCGACUGAAAUGUAUUCUAUUACACCUGUUCUUUUAUAAGCACUCAGCGAUGGAUACAGUUGUAGACACACCUGUUCCUCAACCGAGGCAACAUUGUCAACCUCGACAAGCUGGCUACCGACCAGUACAACGUGUGCCGUGUCAGCGGCAUCCAGCG